CUGUUUUUGUAUUUUUUUGUAUUGUCUCUUAGAGAGGAAAGUUGUUCAUGUGUGGUAUUGUGCGUGUCUCUCUCGGGCAGCUUUGUCACAAAAAAGGAACUUAAGCACGCAGAGGAAGUUAGUCAAUAAUGGCAACAUAGAUUUCUCAACACCUUUCAUGUUUCUGUUCAUUUAGGUUGAUACAUUUCCAAAUGUACUUUUUUCAUGUCUGUGCUUGACACUGCUGGAAAGCCCUUUUUUGAUGUUUGACACUGUAAAGGGGCCUUUACAAUCUGCGAUACGUUAAUGUAGUUAGUGCUGCCUUCCCCAUAUCUGUAUCCCCUUCUAUGGCUGCCGAUGACUAUAACCCCGUCUCCCUCCGACACAAAUCCAAGAAGAAGACCCGAGGAGGCAAUGGUACAAUGAGCAGGAGACGCAUCUCGGUCAAAGAGCUGGGGCAGCCAGACCACCAGGGCUGGCUGUACAGGAAAAAAGAGAGCAAAGGCUUCCUGGGUAUCAAAUGGAAGAAGUACUGGUUUGCUCUGAAGAAGACGUCUCUCUACUGGUACACCAAUCAACUGGCAGAGAAGGCUGAAGGCUACAUUGACCUCACCAACUUCAUGAUUGACAGAGCCAUAGAGUGCAAGAAGAAGCAUGCGUUCAAGGCUUGCCACCCACAAGUCAUGAUGUUUUAUUUUGCUGCGGAGAGCCACGAGGAGAUGAACUUAUGGUUGAAUAAGCUUGGGCUAGCCUCCAUUCAGUAUGAGCCAGCAGAACGAAACCCUACAGCCGAGUGUUACAGUGAAGCCAGUGACCAUGAAGAAGCUGAAAGCACAGAGAUUCCCCCUCCACCAUACUCUGAACAAACCCUGCGAGACUCCGUGGAUGCAUCCGGUCCACCUGGUAGCACACAUCAGGGUACCCUGCCUCCCCCUUACUCCUCCGCAGUCCCCAGCGAAGCCAACGGUUCACUCUCGUCCCCCGUCAGUACAAUGACAUCACAGAGCUCCACCUCCUCGCUCGCCAAGCACCGGCAGUCCUGGUUGGACCUCGUCUCGCAGGCGUCUCCUCCCACCGGGGAAACGGCUGUGGUGUGCUCGGUUCAGGUACACUCGUAUCAACCUCCGGAAGAGGAGACGGAAGAGGAGGAUGACUCCCAGGUGUUGGAGGGCUCGUCUCAGCAGGACUCUCUGGAAACGGGGUCUAAUAAGGAAAGCCCUGCUGCGGAGGGGGAGGCACAGAGAGUCGCAUGUGGUGCUAAAGAAGAAGGGGUUCAUGGGAAUAGCUCAGAUGAGAUGGAGAAGCUGUAUAUUCAUCUGAAAGAGGCCAGCCUCUCGCCAAUAGGAGAUCGCAAACCAUCCACAAAAAGGGAAUUCAGGGCCUCCUUCAUAAAACGCUGUAAAAACCAGACUGUCAAUGACAGACUUCAUCUUAUCCGGACUCUCAACAGCACAUUAAAGUCGAAAGAGACAGACCUACAGGCAAUAGAGCAGGUGCUGUCGGACCCGAAGCUCACCUCAAACAAGUUCAGAGAGUGGAAGGAGGCCCAUGCACCCUUGGUGCAGGAGAUUUGUGUGAAACCGGUCCAGCAGGUGGCAUCAGAGGCCACAAAAGCUGCAGCAUCAGUCAUUGCUGCUCCAGUGGUCGAGACCAGUUUAUAAAGACUCCUCAUGACUGGUUUUACUGUGUCUGGACUUAACACUCACAUACUUAAGACACACAAACACACACACACACUGCUGUUCGGUUAAGACUACUGUUCCAUAUAAGUUGACUUUAUGUACUGUUCAACAAGUAACUGGAUCAAUGAAGAAGAGUGUUUUUAGCUCCUAAAUAGAGAUGGAGCAGGCAUUAUAUGAUUAGCAGGUCACAUUAAAAUGUGAAAUGUGUUGUAGUAUUACUUUUACUGUUAGAUUUGUAAGAUUAGUUCAGCUAAUUUUGCAGAGGAUUGUUUUUAUGUUGUAAUUCUGUGAACGUAUGCAUUGUUUUUAAUAUUUGGAAUGAUGGAGUACAUUGAAAUGAUGAUGAUCCAUUAUUCUUUGCAUGGAAACACUUGUUUUUACAGUAUGUUUGAUCUACUUUGGAUUCAUCAGUAGUGAACAAAUUUUGAACUGUUGGUCAGUCAAUUAUUGGUGCCAUGCACCAGCGCUGCCUGUUACACAUGUGUUUUACAGCAACUAUUUUGAAUGAUUGGUGUUUUGUUCUCCCUAAAAAUGAUAUUGUCAUACUUAUCAUGAAAACUGAACACCGGGGCCAGCACUAACAGAAUAAAAUGUUGGUCACAAAUCAUGAUAAUUUCAGAUUAAUUUUUUUAGAUUCAGUGUCAAAUCAUUGUUAUAACGAUGUAAUUUAGAGCCAAGAUAUAAGAAAUCACCUUGUUUUUUUGUAGAAAAUGAUAUGUAUGUUUAUUCUACUAAACAAAAACAAGCUAUUUUUAAAUGAAGAAUUCCAGCUUAAAUGUGAUAAAGACUUUAUUACUAGCCAGUAUCAAUGAUACAGUCUGUUGGGCUUAAAGACAGGAUGUACCAGUUUGCAUUGGCAUUCAAACGCAGGAUGCUUGGUGGAUAAUUCUCAGGAAAAAAGACAGACCUCCACCUUGGCCCUUACAAACAAGUCCAGCAGACCCUAAUCCUGUACACAGACCCAGAGAGACCCAGAUUUAGUCAACUCAGGCCAAGCAAGGGCCUCUGACUUGGUGACAACACCUACUGGUAACCAACCAAGCCCCAGUCACAAAGAGGCAUUUUUUCUGACUUACAUUUCAUCUGUUGUGUAUGUGUUAAAUAUUAACUCAGUGUAAAUAUUGUACAUGGAUGUGUGAUGUUAAUUAUAUUUGAUCUGGAGUCAGAGCGCUUGUUUGUAUACAGGGAAAUAAAGUAUUAUCACAGUA